GUCUUCCUGGUGUCCCUCAGCUUAUGGUUCAAUUUGUGGGGCGGACCUUCCACCAGCAACAACAGAAAGUUCAUCACGGAUGCCCUGAUGCACCUUCGGAUGAGAGCACAAGAGAAGGCGAGCAUCACCAGGUUUCUUUCAAGUGGACAAGACGAUAGCGCCUUCGCUGAUCUGAGGGCGUUCGAGGCCGAUCUCGAGGUGCCCUUCUUUAUAUUGGACACACCUGCGCUGGUGGAGCUUCAUCGUAUGUGCCAGGAGACUGCACAGAGCAUUCUCAACGGCGACUGGCCUUCUGAGCUUGUUCUGGAUGACAAGAAGAACAUCAACGAGGUGUACUGGCUCCAUCAAUUGUGGACCGACCCCUGGCGGACACGCGACCCAGACAAAGCUCUCAUCUUCGUCUUGCCUGUGUAUCCAGGUGGGCACUGCAUCGCAGAUGGAUCGCUGAUAACACACGUAGGUGUGUAUGGAGUGUGGGCAGUGCUGUUGCUGGGGAGGGCGUGUGGGGAGAAGGAUCGGAAGAAGGUCCACAAGCUGGGUGCACAGGCAGUUAAGGAGGUGAGAGAAAGCGUUCUUGUUAGAGGUGUCUUAUUCGAUGUCGGCCUUCGAUUCAGGUGACCCAGCUGCCUGCCUGGCACAGGAAUGGCGGCGUUGAUCACGUGAUGGUGGUGAGUAUGCCGAUGCAUCAACCGCUGUAUUCGUGUGAUCAUUUAAUCAGGCGACUGACUGGCAGUUCAAGGUGCCUGGCGGCUUCCAGAGGGCGCUGGGCAAGACCUUCGCUAACUUUGCCAGGAACGUCACAUGGGGGCGACACGUCACCGACAACCGUUCGUGCGGAUAAAGAGAGGAUCAGACUCUAGUGAUGCAAUGCUCGAGUGUCCGCUGCUUCUCAGAUAGAGGCCUCUUCGGCUGCGCCGUCACCAUUCCCCAUACGUACACAUCCGUACAUACCAGUCUGCGAGCACCAUGUGUGUAUCUGCCUGUCCGUGUGGCUGUGUGGGUCUGCAGGUCGUCGAUGACGGCGCUACAGCCUGCCUACCAGCCCUUUGAAAAGGAGAGUCUGCUGGAGAGGGGUCUGAUCGACGCCGCGGAUGUGUUCGAGGAUGACAGGCUUGAUGUUGCAUUCGACCCGCCCUCGCGGCUCGACUGGUUUGCCAGAGACUACACCAUGUUCUUCCAAGGUAGCUCCCCUCACGUAUUUGCAAACGUGCUUUUCUGAUCAAGGCAGUUUGCAUACAAAUAUGCUCAACAUACGCCACACACACAUGAUGUCUGCAUGUGUGAGUGUGUCCAGGUACAGUUGAUGGCAUGCGGCCGUUCAGAAUACUGGCACUGAAGCAGUUGGCGGGCUGGCACCACCGUCCAGCCUCAUGUCACGACUGCACACCCGCCAACAAUGUUUUCGUCUCCACCACCAACGUGGCUGGUGUCGAGCGGAAAGGGAAAAUGCCAGAUUGCCCGCGCGAACAGAAGAAGCUGCGCGUUCAGAGGGUCGUUCAGAGGGUCGAAAUGGGCAAGUUCGAGGGGUGUCGCGCCCCUUCCGACCAGAAGAAGCGACAUCCGCUCUACGCGGAGGCAUCAUUCAUGCAUCGGCUUGCAAAUUCCAAAGUAAACCUCUGCUUCCGCGGGACAGAUGUGACGAGUUCGAGGAAUGUGGACGGCUUCUGGACGGGGACGCUCAACGUGCUGAUUACCGAAGUGGAAGACAUGUAUAAGUACGCCAUAGCGUUUCAAUGCGAGAUACCGUGGAGGUGACCACUUUAGCAUCAAACCAAAGACACGCACUCGCACACGUCAUGCAGCAGCUGCAUGAUUAUUCUGCAUGGGAGGAGAAUGAGGCAGAGACAUGUCUGUCGCGUGUGUGUACGUGUGCAGGAACUUCACAUAUGCCAUCGAGGGCUCUGCGUUCAAGGAGGAUCCGCGAAGAGCACUUAGGCCUGUCUUAGACGAGCUGUUUCUGCACCCUGCGUCCAUCCGUGAGAAGCUUCGACUGAUGGAGUACUACAGUAGGAAAGUGCUGUGGAACGCACCCAACAGCACAGCGGCCAGGAGCACGCUGCGCGCCAUGACGCGACAGUGCCUCACUGACGAGAUGAAAAUGGAAUGGCUGCAGCGAACACACAUAGAAGAUGGUGAGUGGUCUGACCUGAUUCACGGUAUGAGGUGUGUGUGCGUGGGUUGGAUGGAUGCAGGUGGUGAUCGAUAUGGCGAUCAUCCACUCUUCUCUCGCUGCGCCUUCCCGGACACCUCAGCGACGCGCGAGGAGCAGAGAGAGCCGUGCGUCAGCUGCUGGGUUGGCUACAAGACACCCACCAAGAAGCCGCCCUCCACAGCCGACGAACACCACACCACCAGUGCACAACUGGAGGUGCAGAUGUGACUCGCUUGUGGAUGGGGCUGCUUGGCCGUCAUCAGUUUUGGCAUGGAAAUACUAAUCAAUGCCACACACGGCUCAAGGGCCGAGUGACCGGGCCUCUCUGGGCCAAAACACAAUCCAUAGAUGCAAGCGGCGCCCCCAAGUAAAGGAAAUACCAGGGCAAAUGCGAAAGGGAGAGGAGGUAGGAUGAGCCCGCUGCUGUCGAGGCCGGUGAAGCCAGACAACAUAAGUUACAAUGAAUGACCCAGCAACCAGUCAACAUAUCAACAGCUCCCGUCAUAACACAGUAAGACGCAUGAUAUUUGACCUGUUUUUACGCGUACAAGCUGUGAGAAAAAUGAGAUCGCUUGCUCACGUUUUGCAGAUGGACUAGGUGCUUCCUUUCCGUUUCCUUUUCUCAAAUUCUGCAAAAAAUUUA